UAGAAAUUCCCUAGAUUUUGAAUGGCACCCACACAUUUCUGAGAUCUCUUCUGCAAUCUUUCUCUCCGCUCCGAAUUGAUAUUGGAAAACUAUCCCGGUUUCUCAAUCAACCGGACUUCGAGAGAAACUAUUCUCUUCCCGUCGCCCCAGCAGCAAACAAACAGUUUCGCGCCCGUUCUCAAUUAAUCCUCCACUUAUCAUCGACCAACAUCAUCAUGGCUUCUCACGGCGGACCGGUGAAGCCUUCCCCGUUGGCCUUCCUCUUCAGUGGCAACGAGAUGAUUAUCCAAUGCACUGCCACCACUCAGGACCAGUCAACCUGCAUCAAGAUCCUGGAGCCCGUCAUGAACAUGUACCGAAACAUCAACGAUGGUAAAUGUUGCGCUAUCGUCCGUCGCAGGGGUACCACCCAGUACUGGAUUGUCAGCGUUACGUAUGCGGAGACUUUGGACAAGAAUGUCUUUGACAUGCUGAAGAGGAACGUGGACCCUAUCAUUAACCAGGAUCCGAUCCCCUAUGAGCCUGUCAAUGCCUCGGGGGUCACCAAGAUCCAUAUCCGUCGACCUCGAAACCAGUUCAUCAUCUACCGUCAGUGGAUGUCGGCCAAGCUUCAUGCCAGGGACCCGAGUAUUCCUGCCGCCAUCAUCUCGCAAAUUGUGGCACAAAUGUGGCGCACCGAGAAGCCGCAGAUCCGAGCGCACUUCAGGGCCCUUGCUAUCGAAGAGGACCGGCUGCACAAGGCGAGGUACCCGGGCUAUCGCUACCAGGGUGGUACCCGCCACACUACGCCUGCGCGUCAGGGUGAGGACGAUCCGAUGACGAUCGGUCAGAGGCUGAUUGCGGCUGGACACUGAUCCUGCCGUGCCUUGAACCGGAUAACAACCCGCCCACAGUCAAGCAACAAGUCGAGAAGGAUCAAUGAGCCACUAAGACU